CAGUAUUCUGAAAGGUUAAGAUUUCAAAAUGUAAUCAAUACAGAAGAUUAUUAGUGGGCUAUUUUACAUUCUGUUUUUUUAUUCAGAGUCUUUGAAAUCUAAUGUGUAUCUUAACACUUCCAGCACAUCUCAGUUCAAGCUACCACACUAGACAGUCAGUCCUAAGACCUUACCAGCUGCAAGUGUCAGCUAUUGCGGUUACUGUUGUCCUCUUAUCAUGUGUCUGAGUUGUGGAUGGCCGUAUCUCAUGUCUCUUGUCUUUGUGAAUGUUUCUGGAGCCUUCCAGGAGAGGGGUGGGAGAGCAGUCCUGAGCUCCCAGCCCCCCGCACCCCCAUCCCAGAGAGGUUUCCCGGGCAGGUUUUGCUGGGAGCCCUGACCCCAUCCUGUGUCUCUGGCCCUUGUCCUCAUAGCUUCUGUGCCCUGCCCACCCCUCUCCCCCACCCAGGAGCCAGGCCCACUGUCCCUUGCCCUGUCCCCUGCAGGCGGCCAGAAUGGAGCUGUGGCCGGGGGUAUGGACCGCGCUGCUGCUCCUCCUCCUUCUGCUGCCCCUCCUGCUGCCCGCCCUGUGGUUCUGCAGCCCCAGUGCCAAAUACUUCUUCAAGAUGGCCUUCUACAAUGGCUGGAUCCUCUUCCUGGCUGUGCUCGCCAUCCCUGUGUGUGCCGUGCGAGGGCGAAACGUCGAGAACAUGAAGAUCUUGCGCUUGAUGCUGCUGCACAUCAAAUACCUGUAUGGGAUCCGAGUGGAGGUGCGCGGGGCUCACCACUUCCCUCCCUCCCAGCCCUACGUCGUGGUCUCCAACCACCAGAGUUCACUGGACCUGCUUGGGAUGAUGGAGGUACUGCCAGGCCGCUGUGUGCCCAUUGCCAAGCGUGAGCUGCUGUGGGCUGGCUCUGCUGGGCUGGCGUGCUGGCUGGCAGGAGUCAUCUUCAUCGACCGGAAGCGCACAGGGGAUGCCAUCAGUGUCAUGUCUGAAGUCGCCCAGACCCUGCUCACCCAGGACGUGCGGGUCUGGGUUUUUCCUGAGGGCACGAGAAACCACAAUGGCUCCAUGCUGCCCUUCAAACGUGGCGCCUUCCACCUUGCAGUGCAAGCCCAGGUUCCCAUUGUCCCCAUAGUCAUGUCCUCCUAUCAAGACUUCUAUUGCAAGAAGGAGCGCCGCUUCACUUCCGGGCGAUGUCAGGUACGGGUGCUGCCCCCCGUGCCCACAGAAGGGCUGACACCAGAUGACGUCCCAGCUCUGGCUGACAGAGUCCGACACUCCAUGCUCACCGUUUUCCGGGAAAUCUCCACUGAUGGCCGGGGCGGUGGUGACUAUCUGAAGAAGUCUGGAGGGGUGGGCGAGGCCCGGCUCUGAACUCCCCUCCCAUCUACCCCCACCUUCCUCCCACACCUACCCGCCCAGUGCGCCCUGAUCCUCUUCCUUGUUUCUCCUCUCCCCACUGUUCUCCUCUUGGGAAUCUUCAACUUCUGAAGUGAAUGUGGAUACAGCACCGCUCCUUGCCCCCUCCCAGCUCUCCCCCACGGACUCUCUUGCCUCGGUGCAGUCUCCACUCUGACCCCACCCACCUCCUGUGCCAUCUUGUCUGUGGGACGGUUACCUCCCCCCUCAUCUCCAGUGGCUCACCUACACGAGGGUGGGAACACGCCAUCCUUUCCCCAGUGGACCCUCUUCCUUUGUGAUCUUCUCUCCCUCUCCACCCCACAUUGGCCAGUGGACUCAUCCAUUCUGUGGAACAAUACCCUCCCACAAGUCCAUGGAUUCAGUGGACUUAUCCAUUUGUGAGAACUCCUCACACUGUGGCUGGAAGUGAUGCCUGGAACAUUCCUGGCUUAUCCUGGGAACACUCUUCAGCACCCUCACACUCCCUCCCAUGGAGCCUGUCAGUGGAGGCUGGACUCUUCUCACUCAGAGGUCUGUCUCAUCCUGCCCAUACCCAGGUGCCCAGGGGUGAGCAUACUCCUAGAUGCCAGUUUGGUCUCCACAUUUCUGCUUCCCCCUGUCCCUGUGGUACAGUUCUUCAGUGGUCCUGGCCCCAAUCCAGCCCCCUGCAGCCCUGCUGUACCAUUCUAACCACACACAAGGGAAGAGGCAGACAUCAGGUGCUGCACUCACUUCUGCUCCCUGGGGAAUUGGGGAAAGGAACUGAACCCUGGCUGGACGGAUGGGAGGGCUUUUAAUUUAUUUCUCUUUCUUUUGAGGCUUCCCCUCUCUGAGCCAGUUUUCAUUUCCUCCCUGUGGCAUUAACCACUCCUGCCUCCCACCCCAGACCUGUGCCCACAAACUGGGGAGAUGGGCUGGGAGCAAAAGGAGAGGGCAGGACCCAGUUUUGCGUGGUUGGUUUUUAUUAAUUAUCUGGAUAACAGCAAGAAACCGAGAAUAAAGACAGAGAGAGAGAGAGA